AUGGCAGCACCCAAAGACAUAGCAUCCUCAAAGAAGGGCCUCAAUGGCGACUCUCCCGUUUUUACUCCCGGUUCUGCAAACUCUCCGCUCCGAAAGUCUUCGGUUCUACCUCUCCAAGCGGCCAAUGCGGCUCCGUUCACACCCCUAGGCACCAGCGUCGUGUCGGCUAGUAACGCGUCGUCCUCGGCCUCGCCCCGCGAACAGCUUCGGGAUCUUGUUGGCAGCAAAGAGGCUGGCCCGGCCAUCCCGCGAGCCGACGCGUCGUCCUUUAACCUGGCAUCCGUCCGCGAAUUUGUUCCACGCACCUCAGAUCAGUCGUCCGGAUUCAACGCUGGCUCGGCGAGAGAAUUUCAGCCAAGGGGGGACCGCUCGCCCUUCAACGUCGCCAAGGCCGUCGAGUUUCGCCCGCAAUCGCAGACCGUCCCGCCUUCCACCACACCUACCUCUACGUCCUCUAUCCCGAGCCAGGCGUUGCCUUCACCUCAGCCACCUCAGCCCUCUCUUAUUUCCCAGCAAUCUCAACAAGCUUCUCUAACGGCUCAACAGCAGCAACAACAGCACCAGGUGCCUGCCCAGGGGUCACACUACAACCUGUCCAAUGGCCCGUCUCAACAGUCUCACGUCUCGAUUCCCACCGGACCCUCGCGAGCCCCCACCCACGACAACUCUGACCAUAUCAACCGGGCAGGAUUAGGUGGUAUGGGCAACAUAGGCGGCAUGGGCAAUAUGGGUGCCAUGAACAACAUGGCCGCCAUGGGUGGUAUGGCCGGCCUAGGUGGUAUUGGCUCCUUAGGUUUCGGAAUGCCACCAGGAAGCGAUGUUCAACUCGGACAGGGCGGUAACGUUUUUGACUCCUACAACGUUGCUUCCCAGGGUGCCUCCGGGGGUGCAAUCACGACAUCUCCAUACAAUCCCUAUGCGGCUACCAGCCAGCAGCCGGGCAGAGAGGGUGCCGCGUAUUACCAGGGACAAGCUCCCUUUGCUGCCCAACACCAGCCCCCCGGUGAACACCUCUACUUCCCUCAGGGCCCCCACCGCCAAGACCUUCUUCCGCGUCAACGCACUAUUCAUGAGUUCUUCCUGCCCGAAAAGCUUCGCCAAGACUUCCACAUGAAGUCCAGGAGCUACCACUCGCUCACAGCACUUGACACCAAUAGCCAUAAGGUCGCUGGCUCGUUCGGCCGCAUCACUUGGCUCUACAAGGCUGUGGCAAGCAAAAACGGAAAGCAUUAUUGUUUGCGGCGCGUGGAAAACUUCCGUGUGAGCAAUGAAAACGCUCUGAGGACAGCACGCGAGUGGCGUCGCGUCAGCAGUGGAAAUGUCGUCACUGUGCACGAGGCGUUCACGACGCGUGCCUUUGGAGACAGUUCAGUCGUGUUUGCUAUGGACUACUUCCCCCUAUCUGUGACGCUCAUGCAGUAUCACUUCCCAACGUACGGUCAGACACGCCCCCGCGGCAAUGUCACGAUUCAGGAAACGGUCCUGUGGGGAUAUUUCGUGCAGAUUGCCAACGCCCUAAGCGCCAUCCACAGCGCCGGUCUGGCCGCUCGCAGUAUCGACCUCACCAAGAUCAUCCGGACGGGUAAGAACCGCAUCCGCUUGAGUGGCUGUGCCGUGCAGGACGUCAUCAACUAUGACCCGUCCCGCCGCGUGAUCGAUCUGCAGCAGGAGGACUUCAUCCACUUUGGCGAGGUGAUGGUGUCUCUCGCCACCUACACGCCACCAAAUGAGCUGAAGAAGCCGCUUUCGCAUCUGGAUCCGCUGCCCGAGAUUUAUUCGCAUGAUUUCAAGGCCGCCGUCAAGUGGCUGCUGACGCCUGCCGCCAGCACGACUGCGGGUCCAAAGACGAUCGACUCACUUCUCACCGGCAUCGCACCGCAAGUGACUCGCUUCUUCGACAUGUCUCUGCAGGAAAACGACGGCCUAUACAGCCUCACGUCCAGAGAAGUGGAGAAUGGCCGCAUUGCGCGUUUGAUGAUGAAGCUAGGCACAAUCAACGAACGCGAAAACUACCAGCGGGAUGCGUCCUGGGCCGAGCACGGACCCCGCUACCCUCUCAAGCUCUUCCGCGAUUACGUCUUCCACCAGGUGGAUGAGUCCGGCCGGCCCGUUGUCGAUGCUUGGCACAUGAUCUCGUGCCUCAACAAGCUGGACGCCGGCUCGAACGAGGUGGUACGGCUCUCGAGCCGUGACGGAAGAACCAAUUUGUUCGUCACGUACAAGGAGCUGAACAAGAUGGUCCAGCGUUCAUUUAAUGAUCUUAUUCGUCCAACUGGUCCGCUUCGGCGCCACAACUAG